AUGGACACUGACCAGCCGGCGAAGCCUCUAGGAUACAGGACUGUGGUGAAUGUGUCAGCAAAGGACUCACCUGCACCUGGCUGGGACGUCAGACAGGAAAUGCAGCGAAUAUCUAUUGUCACCAUAUGGCUGCAGACUGCCUGCCACCUCAUCCACAUCCCCCUUCCUCGUGGUCUGUCUGCGGGGGCCCGGGAGGCCUCCAUGCCCACCCCUGUGCAGGUAGCCAUGGCUUCCUCCCCUGGAAUGACCCUCUUCCUCCUUGCGCUCUGGAAACUUCCACCAUCUUUCCAGACCCACCUCUUUUCAGGUCUCCCUUCCUUGCCUCCCACCCUUCCUGGUACCCCCAACCCCACCCAUGCCUUUGGAGUUCCCCAGUCUUUCCCCGUCUACGGGGCAAGGUAG